UCACAUCAGAAGUCGUUGAUAGAAAGCCAGCGAAGAAGCCGCAAACGAGAAUCCCCCCCGGAUCAGGAACGGUUUUUAAAAGGUGAGUGACGAAUUAAAAACAAAAAUAAAACCACAAUCUACGCGAAACUAGCGAGCGACAGUUGUUAGCAGAUAUUCAAAAAUGCCUCGACGAUACACCAAAGCUCCUCAGCGCUUGCCAGUAAAAAGUAAACCACAACAAAAAUUAACGGAAAAACACGCAGAAAACCAACCGAUCCGUACAACCCGAUCCCGUUCUCGGUCCGUAUCGCAAACGCCCACUUUUGAUUCGGGCAAUCAGCAAUCUUUCGUCGAGCGAAAUGAGAAACGCCGUAGAAGCCGAUCCGAGACUCGUCCCAAUUCCAGGUUGCUGAAGGACAUCAUGAUGCUGCAAACGACGACCAGAUUGCUGAUUCCUAAACUUAGCUUUGGCCGGGUCAUCCGGGAGGUGCUGCUGGAGCAGUUCCGGUCAGACAUGAGAGUCACUGCCGAGUGUUUGAAUUGCCUUCAAGAAGCUGCGGAAAUCUAUCUGGUCCAGCUGAUGGAGGACUCCUACCGGUGUACGCUUCACCGAGAUCGGUUAACUUUGAUGCCCAAGGACAUGCAGCUGGCCAUUUAUUUGCGCGAGCGAUGGGAACGAUAAAAGUGGGGGACAAAAAACAACAACCUACCUCCAAAUAAUCCGGUUCGUACAUGCUGCUCACCCGCCGUAUAGCCAUCACCGAAAACUUGGCCGGCUGCAGACGGCGCACAAUCUGCAUGUGAAACAAAAAAAAACAAUAUGAAGCAUUAAUUAUUCAUAAACAUUGUGUGGACAGAAAUAUUUACCUGUAGUAAGGACAUUCCUUGCUUAUCGUGUGCUAGCAAUUAAGGUAGAAAUGAAAUCGAACUGACUGUAUUAUUAAAGAAAUACUUAAUAGAAUUUAAAUCAUCUAUCAAAA